AUGUCUCUAAAAACUUUCAAAGAUUUAAACAUUCAUAAAGAUGUAAAAGAUACGUUGGAGAAAAUAGGAUUUGAAGCGAUGUCACCCGUUCAAGUGCGGACCAUUCCCGAGUUUUUAGAAAAGGACGUUAUUGUGCAGAGCCAGACGGGGUCUGGAAAGACGCUUUCUUAUCUCGUUCCAGUUCUGAAUACAAUUUUCAAAAUACAUGACCAAAAGACAGGCUCUCAAAACGUAAAUGAACAGAAGAUGGACGACGAGCAGAGAAAAGUGACCAUUAAUGCACUUAUUAUUGCACCAACUAGAGAACUCUGCAUCCAAAUUAGUGACAUUGCAAACAGUUUUGGAAUAAAAUCCAGCAUCAUCAUUGGCGGUGUUCCAAUCGAGGAGGAUCUGAACAAGCUGGAGUCUGAAAUUGUUGUUGGAACACCAGGCAGACUCUUGGAAAUCACUUCGGAAAAUGCUAAAAAAUUCAGUAGAAUCAAAUACCUAGUUUUGGAUGAGAGCGACAAAUUGCUUAGUCUUGGAUUUGAACAGAAGUUGUUAAAGAUUCUUGAAUGCCUCCCUAAGAACAGGAUUACUGGGCUAUUCUCAGCUACCAUUGACGAUCAGGUAACUAGAUUUUGUCAAAGCUCGUUGAAAAAUCCAGUAACGAUAAAAAUAGCGGAACAUCUGCCGGAAAAUCUGCACUUGAAAUAUUUGAUAGCAAUGCCCACUCAGAAAUUUGAUGCCUUGGUGAGAUUUAUAAGAAAUAGAAAGUCUAUUGUGUUUUUUGGGACAUGCAACUGUGUGAAUUUUUACUACGAAGCGCUUUUGAAACUUUUUGUAGAGAGUGCUUGUGUUGAUAAGGUUCACAACAGAAAUUGUGGCGAAAGCCUAGAAGAAAAUAUCAACGGUGGACAAGAUGGAACAGAAGCCAUUGGCCCGAAUGUUGCUAGUGUAAUAAGCGCACCAGCGAAUAGUACUUCACGAGAUAGCAAUGCAAGUGCUUUAAAAAUCUACAAAAUUCACGGAAAGAUGGAUCAAAAGGACAGAAAUACUGUAUAUGCUGAUUUUGAAGCUAAUGGCAAUAUCCUUUUGUGCACAGACGUAGCUGCCAGGGGUAUUGACUUCAAAAGCGUCGAAUUGGUAGUUCAUUUUGAUGCACCAAAAGACCAUGCUAAUAUAGUACAUCGUAGUGGCAGAACUGCAAGAAUGGGAAUGAGAGGCGAGGCAAUGGUGCUUUUGAUGCCUAAUGAAAGAUCCUUCGUCAACUUUCUAAAACUUAAAGGUGUAGAAAUGGAAGAGGUUAGUUUGCCAAGCCUAGCUGAAGUAAGCAACACGGAAGACCAUUUGAACCGUGACGGUUAUGCUUUAAGCCCCCACUCAAUUCUAAAGAGCAGGAUGACUGAAAGUCUUCUUUCCUUGUCGGUAAAAGCUUUUGUUUCGUACAUCCGAGGAUAUAAAGAACACAUACUUAACUACAUAUUAAACUACAAAGAACUUGAUUUUGAUGGAUUGGCAGAACUGUUUUGCCUUGAAAGGAUACCUUCGAUGGCCGAGCUGAAAAACAUUAAAUUCAGAAAGUAUGAGAGAAAGGCACCGGUGGAGAAUUCUAAGCAGAAAAGAAUAAAGAAAGGUUAG